AUGGGCAAGCCUCCGAAUCUUUACGCCUUCGAAGGCGCAGACGACCUCGCUUCCAAUCUUCGCGCCUACGUUAUCGACGCACAAAAUAGCGCCGUAGACCGCCAUGGAGUCUUCCGCGUCGCCGUCUCGGGUGGCUCCUUGCCCAAGAUUCUCGCAAAAGCACUCCUCGAGGUCAAAGACGACAGGAAAGUGAACUUCGACAAAUGGGAGGUCUUCUUCGCCGACGAGCGCGCCGUCCCGCUGGACCACGAGGACAGCAAUUAUAGGCUGGUGAAGGAGGAGAUUCUCGACAAGAUACCCGCAGAACUCGGCAAGCCGACCGUCUACCCCAUUGAUGUCAAAUACCUCGAUGAUAUACAGGAGAUGGCCGAUCAGUACGAGCAGACUCUGGUCGGCGUAUUCGCAGCUCGCGACAGUGUCAAACUUCCCAUGUUUGACCUGCUCCUGCUCGGCUGUGGGCCUGACGGGCAUACCUGCAGCCUGUUCCCCGGGUCUCCGCUCCUGCGGGAAACUGAUGCCUGGGUUCUUCCCAUUUCCGACUCCCCGAAGCCGCCGCCCAAACGGAUUACCCUCUCACUUCCAGUCGCCUCGCAUGGGAUCAAGAUCGCUUUCGUCGCAACCGGUGCCGGGAAGAAGGAUGUCAUGAAGCAAAUCUUUGACACAGAAGAGGGCCGGCAGCUACCUUGCGGCCUCAUCAAUACCUACGCCCAGGACAGAGUCAGCUGGUUUGUCGACUUCCCGGCCAUCGAGGGUGUGUCUUUCCCAUCCCGCCGUGGCAGCCUAUAG